AUUCGUGUGAAAUGAAGGCAUGCAGUAUAUUAACUCGCAAUAACGAUUAGAGUUAUAUGUUGAUUGUCGGAGAGAGCAGUCGUGCUUAGCAAGCGUUUUCGUGCGCAUUUACAUAAGAUUUCAUACAAAGAUCCACAUUUUGAUUAUAUCAAACCACAGUUAAGAUACAUCAAAUUAUCUCGCAGAAUCAGUAAAAUUUCAAGUUUCUCUACAAGUUUCGUAUUCAUUCACCGUUUUUAAGAUCGAAGGAAAAUGAACGAAAUAAUGAUAUGGGCGAUCGUUUUGGCAACACUGUUACCCGGAAUCUUGAUGGGGCCAGUUGAAACAUUGAGAUCGAACAAUUCAAUUGGCAACAUGUACAAGGAGAAAAUGGAUCUUUUGCCGACAUGUAAAAGGGUCCUCAACAGCAUUUGCGAAAAAUCCAGUCUAAUAGGGUGCAAUGACACCGUGGCACAGAUAGAAAAGCGAUUGGCAAGUAUUCCAUCAAACAGUUGUGACGAAACUACAGUGAGACCACCAGAAAUCGAAAAAGAAAUUCGGCACACACUUGACCAACUGAACAUCAAGAAGGUCUUAAAUGACAUAAAAAAGCUGGGAGCUAAUUUACUAGCUACUGAAUCGAUGAAUAACACAUUUGUGCCGUUGUCAAGGGAUAUCAACGAGGCUAUUGACACAUUGGAGCAAGUAUCAUCAAAGUGCUCCGAAAUUGUGCCAAACCAGUCAAAUAUACUGAAACAAAUUUUCAUCGGUUUAGUAGUAGUGCUUGCAAUUGCUAUGGCCUUGGUGUUCCUCAUAGAAUGUAUGGGUGUUCAAUGUGAUGUAAACAAUAACGCUGGUGCUAAUGCACAUAAUAACAUUCCACUACGAGCACUCAAUGGACCCGACGAAACAGCACCAAUAGGCUGAUAUUGCCAAAAAAAAACCGGCAAAGCCUUUGGUUCCAAAUGACAUCGAUAAUUCUUCGGCGAAUGGACGCACUUGAGAAUUACCAUACCCAUUCAUUUCAUUCGAUUUUGCUUCAUGCAACAGAACUCAGUUGAAAUUGGAGCAAUUUGAGUGUUAUGAAAAAGGACCGUUCCAGCGAAACGAAAUGCUCAUCGAAAUCAACAUGUGAACGUUUGCUAACACGUACUCCAUUGCAUCGACAAUCAACGUAUAACUCUCUAGGGGUUUUCAAUUCGUUCCAUUGAAAGCCCCUAUAGUGUAAAAUCUACACAACUUUAACAUCUACUUGAACGACUCAUCAACGAAUAGUUCUAAAUCCUCACAAAUCGCCAAAGAAAAUAUUGUUCAACUCACCGGCAACCGUUCUUUCACAAGUUCAAAUCCGUGAAAUGUUCUGAAAGGAGACUAAACACAUUUUUCUGGCUAAUUGCAAUAAUAAGAUCUUGCAUUGUGAGGCAUACAAUUGAACAUUUUAUAAAAUUUAGACAAAAAAUUCUAUUGUGAAUACUUCAUUACAUUCAGAUCUGUUAAAAUUAGAAUCACUUGAAUUGAAAAUUUGUUCACAUGAAAUAAGUUUUACCAGACAAUUCUCAUAGUCAUAGUCAUAAUCAAUUUGAGUUUUUAAGACUGAACAAUUGUAUUCUAAUGUUUAGAAUGAAUGAAAACACAAUAUAUGAAAAUAACCAAUGGAGUUUUAUUUAACGAUUUCAGAACAAGUUUCCGAUUGGUUUUCCCAAGGGGCGAAUUGCUACUGAAAAAUUGAAUUCAGUAGUUUUCAGUGGUUUUCAGGAUUUUCAGUGCUCAAUGUAUUAGUAUAUGAAAGUACUGAAAAUGGCAUCAAUUUUCGAGGAGAAAAAUGAAUGGAUGGCAGAUCUGUUAAAACAAAUUUCAACUGUCAAAAAUCCCGAUCUAUUUUGAUACUGAAAACACUGAAAAGUACUUUUCAGUAGUGAUUUGCCCCUUGGGUUUUCCUCGAAUUUUUUUUUCUCCAAAAUUGGGUUCAUUAGGUCAACCGAUGCAAAUGGCUUGAAAAUCCAGCCAGCUUUCGAUGGCUUCGUCAAUUUGUCGUUUGUGGUCAUUUGUCUUGUUGACAAACGAAUUAUUCUACCGCACUGCUAUUCAAAAACACAAAUCUGUUCCUUACUUCAAACCUCUUCAAACGAAUAAGAAAACAAAUGCGAAAUUACCUGCAAAAUUCUCAAAAUAAUCAUCAUACUACAGUUCAAAUCAAAUUUGUGGACAGACGGUCUGCAUGACAAUUAGUUUUUUCACAAACAUCAUGGACUUCCAUGCUAUUGAACUCCUGAAAACAUGAUUUAAAUAAAUUUAAAGAAAAAAUAAGAAAUAUUGAUGAUUCAUGUAGAAAAGCACUUUACUUUCUCGCCUGUUGUGGUUUUUUUUUCACAAUUUUAUCAUAAUCAUAAACAACUAUCAACAUUCGUAAUCAACAAUAAAACUUUUCAAGACGAACCAAAAUUCGAUGAUGAAAUUUUGUAUGAUUUUUAUUCAAAUGGGGAAUGAGCGAUAAAGUAGAAUGACCAGAUGUAAAUCAUUUAAAUAGACUAAUUUCAUUGAGUUGCGUUCAACAUCGAGAAGAUCGAAGAUAUUGACUUCGGAAGUAUAAUAGAUUUGAUUGAAUUGUUCUUGUUAUCACCUAAAUGUCUAUCAAUUUGAUAUUUUAUUGUCACUUUCCCUGUCAAAUGACUUGAUUUUUUUUUUUGGAAAGAGAUCAAAGAUAAUUUCUAGUUGGUAUAAAAGAAAUUGGAUCGAAAAUUCGAAUUUAGUCUGUGUCUACGUGUAGAGUCAGUUUGUGAUGAAAUGAAGAUCUUCAUUGCUUUAGUUAUAGUUUGUGGUGUGGUUUUAGCUACAAUUUCAGCAGCUUCUCAAAAAGAUUUUCCAUCAGAACAACAAUCAGUGAGUGAAUAUCGAAAACCUUCAGAAACAUCGCAUCCAGACGCCCAACAGCCGACGCAUUUUCGACCCGGCGAAGUUUUGAAUCAAUUUGCUGGAGCCGUCGGUGAAGUAAUCAGUGAUCCAGCUGUUUUAGUCGCAUUGGCAUUCUAUCCGAUCGCGUGUGCAAUUAGAGAAGGUGGUUGUAGGACAGGCAUAAAUUUUGAUGGAAUGUUAAAUUUUAAUUUGACUUCCUUGAACGGUGAUAUAGAACAGUUGAACGAGCAGGUUAAAAAUGAUGGAGAUGUUGAUGUGACAGACAAUGGUGAAUUUAAACCUUUGCAUGAUGCUUUUGAACAUGGCAAUGCAAAAAUUGUAAAAAUCUUCCUUCAAAAUGGUAAAAUUGCCGAGGAUGGAACACAUGAAGAUGAAGAGGAAAUUCUAAAAAUACUACUGAAGGCUAAUGAUGAAUCGAAGAAAAAUGAAGUGAUACGAUGAAGCUCGUUUUAAAAACAAUGUUAAAAGCAUUUAAAUCUAUGAUAAAUUUAUGAAUUGAAUAAAAAAAACUGACUCAAAAAGCGAUAAUUUGCCAUCAAUGAACACAGAAAUUUCAUCUAAAUCUGAAUUAGCAAAUCGGACAAAGGUCAAUGUGAAACUCACUUUCAUAUGAAUUGCGA